AUGGGCGGCGUGGUGGAGACGUUCUUGCCGCUGCUCUUGCUGCUGCUGGGGGGAGUCGACCCCCUGCCGGGCGGGGUCAGCACCGGCGGCCCCUCCUCUUUGCACACCCUCCACUAUUUCAACACGGCCAUCUGGGAGCGUGGCUGGCAGAUGCCCCAGCUCACCUCUUUAAUGUACGUGGAUGACCAGCUCCUCGGCCGCUACAACAGAGCCACCGACCAGUGCAUGCCUCAGUCGUCCUGGAUAGAGGAGAUCAGCCACGACGACAAUAACUUCUGGGCCAGGAACACAGGAUGGGACUUUGGCAACCAUAUAGUCAGAGAUCUGAUGAUUCUGAAGAACCCUUUCAACCAGAGCAGGGGGAUUCACACCUUGCAGGUGUUCUCUGGCUGCGAACUGAAUGGGGAUGAUCCUACCGGAGGGUUUGUGAAGUACGGCUACAAUGGGAGGGACUUCCUCAGCCUGGACCUGGCGACUUUCACCUGGAUCGCAAUGAAUGCAGAGGCCAAGCCCAUCAAGAGGAAGUGGGACGCCGAGCGGGACCAAGGGAAAGUCUGGGGGCAUUUCCUGAAGGGAGCCUGCGUGGACGGGCUGCGCACCUAUCUGCACUAUGGGAAAGAGGCCUUGCUGAGGAUCGAUCCACCAGAUGGUCGCGUGGCCCAUAAGGCAGAGUCAGAUGGCCUGGAGACCCUCAUCUGCCGGCUCCAUGGCUUCUACCCCAAGGAGAUUGAUGUCACUUGGAGGAAGGACGGAGAAGUCUGGCACCAGGACACCUUCCAUGGGGGCGUCGUCCCCAACUCGGACGGGACCUACCACACCUGGAUCAGCAUUAAGGUUGACUCCAAGGAGAGGGACCACUUUCGGUGCCACGUGGAACACGAUGGCCUGCCAGAGCCCCUGAACUUGGCCUGGGAGGAGCCAGCUUCUGCGUCCAAAGUGGGGCUCCUUGUGGGAGUUGUCCUGGGGAUCAUGGCCGCUCUCGUCCUGGUGUGGGCCGGGGUCACCUUCUACAUCAGAAAACCAAAAGAAGACAGCUACCAAGAAGCACGGAGCAGGAGCGGAAGGACACUGCGGAUCCCUCCUCCACCCUCACCUCUGUAUGCUGAAGGGAAAAGAGCCGCCAUGCAGCCAGCUCAG